AUGGAGCCUCUUGUUGAACUAGACACAACUCUCAGAGACCUGUACACAGAGUCAGGCGAUGAAGGAGAUAUCACUCUCGUUUUAUGCUCCCCUCUCAACCUCACAUUAUGUUCAGGGUUGGCAUCGCAGGUUGUCGUUGUCGAAUCUACCUUAUGGAAAGCCGUUUUGAACCGUCCAUCGACCAUGCAGCUUCCGGCGACUCCUUGUUCCUCCGUCAUGUACGUGAUAUUCACCUCCGGAAGCACAGGAGCUCCCGAAGGCGUUAUGAUAUCGCACCAAAGCUUCUUCACAGCAUUGAACCACCAGGAGAAAGUGGUAGGGAUCAAAUCCCAGGCGCGGGUCUACGAUUUCACGUCCUAUAGCUUCGACGUUUCGCUCUAUUACCUCUUUGCAACAUUGGGGAUAGGAGGAUGCUUGUGCGUGCCAGAUGAACAUAGCCGACGAUAUUACCUAACGGAGAGUAUCACAUCCUUCAGGGCUGAUACCGUUUUCCUCACACCAUCAGUGAUCCGUCUAAUUAGGCCUAAACAAACGCCAACUUUGCAGUUACUCGUUGCCUGCGGAGAAGCCUUACAGUUGAAGGAUAUUGAGCCUUGGUGGGGAAAGAUGAGGCUGAUGAAUGGAUAUGGUCCCAGUGAAUGUACUCCAUUCACCGUUUUCAACGAGUCCAACAAUAACGUUCGAAACAUUCUUUCCAUCGGUAGAGGCGUUGGUGCAACUACAUGGGUAGUCGAUCCGAAUGAUCACAACAUCCUGCUUCCAUUGGGUGCUACAGGCGAACUUCUGCUGGAAGGGCCACUCACAGGUAUUGGUUAUAUCAACAAUGAGGAGAAGACAGCAACUGCAUUUAUUCAAGAUCCAGUGUGGCUACUUCAGGGAAAUUCAAAUCACCCAGGGCGAAGAGGGCGGCUUUAUAAGACAGGAGAUCUGGUUCGUUAUAACGAAGAUGGUACCCUUCUAUGCCUCGGUCGAAAGGACGGACAAAUCAAAAUUCGUGGCCAGCGAGUUGAAACGGGGGAAGUUGAGGAGGAGAAGGGUCUGCGAAUCCCGUUCUGGCCGCUUCAAAUGGACAAGAAACAACUCCAAGGAACCGGCGUUUGCGAUAGCCUAGAUGCCUCUUUGCUCCGGAUUAACACGGAAAUGGAGAGCAAGCUGGCUCAGCAUUUGCCUACCUAUAUGAUUCCAACCGCCUUCUUCGGCAUGAAGGAGCUCCCCCUUACAGUCUCCCGCAAAACAGACAGAAAACGACUUCGUGAAAUUGGUGCCUCAAUUUAUUAUUCUACUGAUGCAGACCGGGAUUUGGCUUCAUCAGUAAGAUACGCAGUUGGAGACUCUGUGCAAAUAACGGAGAGCGAGCAGGUGGCUUAUACACUAGCUGAAAAAAUAUUCACAAUGCUUCCAGCAUGGUAUAAUAAGUCCAACUCUAGUUCCAAUGCAACAGCCUUCGACGACCUUCUACUUCAGUCAUGUGGCAUAGACUCCAUCAAUAUGAUGUCUCUUUCUUAUUUCAUCUCACAGACAUUCAAUGUUCGAGUACCCAUGAAGUUUUUCAUGGACCCAAGCACGAGCGUUCGGAGUUUAUCACGAGCAGUGUCUGACUUAAAGGGUGAUGCUGCUUUUGCGGAUGAUUCCACUACAACGAAUAACACACCAUCAACCCCAGGUACAGAGUACUCGACCCAUACAGGCAUCGAUCUAACAGAAGAGAUCAAUCUUCUUGAUUCCAGGAUUGCUGAAGUUCAGAACCGCCAAUCGACACAGAGCGGCAUAGAUGCCAUGGCGAGCAGAAACCUGACAGUUCUCCUCACGGGUGCUACGGGAUAUAUUGGCACUCAAAUUCUACGGCAACUGCUUGAGCAUCGCCAAGUUUCCAAUGUGAUUGCAAUUGCGCGAGGUGUUUCCGAUGAUGACGCCCGAAAUCGUGUUGUCGACUCUGCCGUGAAGGCUCUGUGGUGGACCGACUUCCACCAGGAGAAGCUGAUGGUUUGGCCUGGAGAUUUAUCUUUGUCUCGUUUGGGGCUUGAUGAUACUCAGUGGGCUAAAAUAUCUGAUGGAAGCUCAAUGGAUAUCAUCAUCCACAACGGAGCUGUCGUUCACUGGGGCAAGAGCUACGAGGAGCUCAAAGCAACGAAUGUGGCCUCAACCAUCGAUCUGCUAGAGCUAGCUAUAAUUUCCCAGCGCACAAGAUUCUUGUAUGUGACCGGUGGUCGGGAGAAGACAAGCAACGAUGAGCAAGAGGAGGAUAUCGUACGAGAACUCAGCUCUGCAGAUGCGCUUGGCUACAGUCAAGCCAAGUACGUUGCUGAAGCUGUAGUGAAACGCGCAGCACUCCGACGCAAGAGCACUAAGCCAGCCAACAUAGCUAUUGUGUGCCCUGGCCGCGUGAUUGGGACAACUUCCGAAGGCGUCCCAAAUGCGGACGACUACCUCUGGAGACUGGUUGCAGGGUGUGUCAAGGCUGGCUCCUAUAACGAGGACAUGGCUGACACUUGGGUUGAAGUGGCCGACGUGGCAACUGUAGCUAAUACGAUCAUUCAGACGGCCUUGAACCCAGCCUGUGCGAUUGGAGGAUUAAGGUUGAUCGACGAUGGAAUACACUGGGGCCAAUUCUGGUCACUUCUUCGUGGGAUGGGUUAUCAGCUGGAGGGCCAGAGAACUGCAGAGUGGCUUCAGACUAUCCGGAAAGAUGUUGACGUUGACAGAGAGUCCCAUGUUCUGUGGCCUGUGAUGCACAUUCUGGAGGCUGAGAAUGCCCACCCGUACGCAAUUAUUGAGAAGGGGUCAAAUGUCAAGUUAUCCCGCAACACGCCUCUCACAUUAAAGGUAGCUAUCACGAAGAACAUCGAAUUUCUCAUCGAUGUUGGCUUUCUGCCGCAACCGCCGUCUUCAUCUCGCAACUCCAAGCGAAAUUUGAUCCGACAGGCGUUCUCCAGAUCAUCAUACAAGCUCGACCUUGUUCCACGCCAGCCUCUUAUCCCAGCAACAACCUUAGGAGAUAGCAGCAGUGUUUUAGACUACAAAUACGAGAUUGUUGACACUCUUUUCUUCAUAUCCUCGUACACUUAUCAUGAGUAA